AUGGCGAUUCAUACAAACAGAGUCUGUGUAACCCUCUCUGUGGGAACAUGGCUUUUGGGUUGCAUCCACUCCAGCGUCUUGACCUCUCUCACCUUUACCUUGCCAUACUGUGGUUCCAAUGAGGUGAAUCACUUCUUCUGUGAUAUCGCUGCCCUCCUGCCCUUGGCCUGUGCAGACACAUCCGUGGCACACUGGGUGAGUUUUGUAAACGUUGGCAUAGUGUCCCUUGUCUGCUUUCUCCUAAUCCUAUCAUCCUACACUCGACUCACGGUCUCUGUUUUGAGUAUUCCCACAAGGAAAGGCCGGCGCCGUGCCUUCUCCACCUGCAGUGCCCACCUCAUCGCCAUCCUCUGUGCCUAUGGGCCCAUCAUCACUGUGUCCCUGCAGCCCACACCCAACCCCAUGCCGGGGACUGCAGUUCAAAUCCUGAUGAAUCUGGUAGGACCGAUGCUGAACCCUCUUAUCUACACCUUGAGGAACAAGGAGGUAAAGACGACUCUGAGAAAACUACUGCCCAACACCUGA